AUGUUGAUACAGAUGUCAAGCCCCGGAAACCCAUCAUGUUGGGUUCGUGACCGGAGCUGGCAUCGCUGCUGCUCAGCGGCUGCAGGCUGCUUUCAAACAGGCAGCGCUGAGGAGUCAUUCGAGGCUUGCUGCCGCCGCACUUUCGAGCUUCAGGCUCCAAGAGCAGCCUUGGUGGCACAGGCACGGCUGAGGCCAGGUCUGCACCCCGCAUCCAUUUCCGCACAUCAAGCGGUUCAUGUGCCUACAGGUUCCUUCCAAUGCUUCGGUUUGACACCAGACUUCUUCGACGAGAAGCCGCAUCUGCCCUCAUGGCCCACGCCGCAGCGAUGUCCCGGAGGAGUCGACAUCUUCCCCAUUGCCAUUGGCAUUCCCGACGAGCUAAUCGUGCCAUGUAUCCCAUUCAAGAAGUUUGACUAUGCGCUGGUGUGGCCCGGUGAUCGAAGCACCUACAGCUUCAACUCACGAAGCCGUGAAGACACCGCUGCAUACCAUGCGCAUCUUCGGCAGGCUUGGUUCGCCGUCACUCGGCCGAAGGGCGGCUGGGAUUGCCUCCGACAUUAUGAGAUCCUGGCAGCUGGGACAGUGCCCUACUUCGUAGACUUGACCAGGGCGCCCUCGCGCAAGAUUCCGUUCCUGCCCGCUCACUUACUUGGAAUGGCAAAAAAAUUGCCGGGGGUUUACGAAGGACGAUUGGAUCCAACGGCCUUCCAGAUGCGCGACUAUGUCGAGACAGCAGCGCCUCUUCUACGAUACACGAAGCACCGUUUGGCAGCUUCCAAGCUUGCAGAGUAUCUGCUGAGCCAUCUGCAGAUGCACCGCCGCACCAUCCUCUUCCUCUUACCGCCAGACGGCUACCAUUCGGGAGGCUAUCUUUCGCGCAACAUCUUCUAUGGCUUGCAGAAGGUUCUUGGAUCUGCAAGUGUUGUUGAUUAUCCGUUUUUCUCCGAGAUGUACGCGGCACAUGGGAGGACGGACAUGUCGACUACCGGACUGCUUGGCGCUCCAGCCUUGCGACUCAACCAUACCCAUGUGGAACAUCGACUCAGAGCCCAUGAGUUUGGUGCUGUCAUCUACAGCAACGCCCGUGCCCCCCUGCCGUUUUGGGAUCUCGUUGCUGCACGGUACACUCCAAAGGAGGUUGCUUUCCUGGAUGGUUUCGAUCACGCAAAUGGCUCCAACAUUCUCAAGUUGGCGCCGCACGGCAGGUACUUCCUCCGCGAGAUGGAGGAAGCGUGUCCAACGGGGCCUCAUUCACUCAAGACUGAUGGUAACGCAAGUGCGGCCGAGAAGGGGCGGAGGAUCUUUGCAGUUGCUUGCUUCGUCUUUGUUGAGGAAGCCAUCGCAGCCACAGGAGCUGGAGUUGUGCUACCACCGAUGCUGCUAGGAAUGUUUGGUCUAUUUGCAGUCCUGCUUUGCCUUGACAGUCUUGGUUGUGGCUCUGCGGCAGAGCUUCUCUUUCAGUUCUUGGCACCAGGAUAUAGGUUCCUGUUGAAAUGGGCUCCAGUGUUUUUCACCCCCGCGCUGGUCAAACUGCCGCUGGUUGAGGAGCCAAUUUCAGCUGGUGAGCUUUUCCGUUUGUCGGUCCUCAUCGCUUGCGGCGGUGUGCUGCAGAUGGGCUUCGUAGGCGUGGUUGCCAAAGCGAUUGCGUCUCAACAGCCCAACGAGAAGCUGAAGGAUGAAGUGGUGAACGCCCUGCCAGGGAUGACCCCAACCAAUGGAAGGGAGGCCUACCCAAGACCUGGCAGGCCCUUCAAGCGACGAUGGCUGCCGGUUUAUGCAAUCAUCAUGCUGGCGGCUUUGCUUUGUCUCAAGUUCGGUCGUGCGUCUCAGACGAUGGAGGUUUGCUUCAUGCUGUGCGCGUCCUUGCUGUCCUUCGUCUUAGGCAACUCCGCGCCACCAGCCUUGAAGACCGCUCUCCACCCCAUCUUCGCAGGCGUCUUGGGCUCAUGGCUGGCCAUCGCGCUAUGGGCGUCGCAGGACGAAACGCGCUCCUUCCAUGAUGUCUUGGUGACCUACGCCUCUCCCACCGGAGCUGGCCCACUGAUGUCACGGCUGUUAAGCCCACUUGUCAUUGCUUUGGCAUUGCUGCUGUUUGAACGCAGGCGGCUCUUGCAACGCGACUUCGCGCUCAUCAUUGCAACGUCCAUGCUGGCAGCAGUAUUCGGCCUGUUUGGCACAGCCGUGAUCGCGCGGAUUCUGCAGCUGCCGAAGGCUUUGGCUGCAUCGACUGUAUCACGGUACUGCACAGCACCCUUGGCUUUGGCAGUGUCUUCCUCGCUACACUCUUCUGCCCCACUUACCGUGGCUGUGGUUGUAGCAUCUGGCUUCCUCGGCAUUUUCGUGGCAAGGCCCUUGCUGCGCUGGUUGGAGGUGGAUGGCUCACGAGAGCGCGGUCUGGCAAUCGGAGCAGUGUCACACGUACUCGGUACGGUGACUUUGGCUUCUUGGGAUGAAGCAGCAGUGCCCUACUGUGCGCUUUGCUUCGUCCUCUCCAGUGGCUUUGCGGCAGCUCUGGCAGCCAUUCCGCUUGUGCAGGCCUCACUGCUGUGCAUUCUACCCAGCUGA